CUCGCUGAAAGAAGUCAGAUACGCUGUCCCCGAAGGAGUUUUGAUCACUAGCCUAUCAACCAGUCUGUUUAGGGCGAGAAUAUUGUAACAGCCUUAACGAGACAACUGCAACCCCAUCAUAAUCUUACAUUUGGAAAUACAGUUUUGCUAUUAUUUCUAUUUCCCGAAGUUGAAAACAUGAAGAUUUUCAGAAUGGCACUUCUGUUCAUCCAUGCCUUCGCCUUGUCCAGGUUGGCCGGCGGUGCCUCCAUUGACAGGAUAGAGAGCGAGAAACCUUCGCAGACAGCCGUGAUAAACCUGCUGGAGGGCCUUACCGAAAUUCGGAGUGCGGAGGCCAAUACGGAGGUGCAGUACGAUGGCGAGGAUGACGACUACUACUACGACGACGAUGAGGAGGAGGAUGAGGAUUACCUGUCCGGGGAUUACGAAAUUGAACUCCCCAAAGUGGCGUUCUCAAGCAAACCCCAGGACCCGUCUGUCGUCCUCACCGCAGAGAGGACAGAAGGAGGGAAGAGGAGGAAGGGAAAGGGAAGAAAGAAGGGCAAGGGCAAGGGGAAGAAGAGGAACCCCUGCUUGAGGAAGUACAAGGACUUCUGCAUCCACGGCACCUGCCAGUACCUGAAAGAUCUGCGCACUCCCUCGUGCAUAUGCCAGCCAGAUUACUCCGGAGAGCGGUGUCACCUAGUCAGCCUGCGGACGCGUACAUCCGGAGACAGCUACAGCCGGACGACAGCACUGGCGGUGGUGGCAGUAGUCCUGUCCUCCCUGUGUCUCACUGUCAUUGGCAUCCUUCUGGCGCUGAGGUAUCACAGGCGGGGGGCGUAUGACGUGGAGAACGAGGAAAAGGUCAAACUGGGGACAGAGCCACAUCACUGAGCAGUAGGAGGAAAUGUUAAGGAAAUGAAGACACUACCUCAAAAAUAAGGGAGAAGGAAUAUGCCAAGAAGGACAGAGUUGGGGAAGGAAGGGCUGGCCGAGGUGUAAAGAUGACGAAAAAGCUGCCAUCCAGCAUGGGCAGAUGGACAGACAUGGAAAUGGGGGACUUUGCGUGGGGUUCACCAGCCAGUCGGCCAGACCCGCCCGCCAACUGGAGAGCCGACUGUGUGCAGUUGAUCGACUAAAGCUGCAAAAUCAGACAGACUCUCUGGAGGCGCGGAGCAGUGUAGAUAUGUUUGAAUCCAGUGACUCCUCUCAGCUGCAUUUGGAAAAGGAACGCUGGCUUCCUUUCAAGAGCAGAUGCUUUUGUUGCAGUGAGCCGUGUUUUAUUUGGGGAGUGUGUUUACCAGUCAGCAUUUUAUUUUCUACACAUUUUCAUUGUUGUCUAGUGUACUUAUUUAUACCGUCCGUCUUUUAAUUUAUUUAUUUAUAUAUAUAGUGGUAUUUAUUCAAAUUUCUACUAGCUUAAUCUAUUCAAAAAUGCACUGCCAGGUCAAAGAAACUGUUUAGUAUUUCAUUGUAUUUUUGUAUGGAAUCGAAGUGUAUAUUUAUUAAAUUCAAAGUGUAGGGAAUUUGCUGCCCCAUAAAUUGAAGGAUUUGCUCAGGAGACUUUUUUUGUCUUGAGUGAGGUCUCUGUUUGCUGACCUUUACUGUUUGACUUGCUGAGCUUCAGUUUCUGACCAUGUUGAUAGACUGCUCUUCAUGUUCAAUUGGAUUGUGAGUUUUUUUGUUUUUGUUUUGUUUGUGUUUUUUUUUGUAUGUGUAAGUGGUUAGAUUGCAUUGAGCAUACUGUAUGCUGCAGACCAGGAACACAACUAGGUCCUUGGCUGGCAGGAACUGAAAUUUAAGCAGGUUCUUGAACUCCACUUAGAAUGGGUCCUGAUAAAAACACAGUCUUUAUUUUACCACUAUAGAAUGAUUUUUUUUUUUUCGAAUGUGUUCCGCUCAAAAUUCAUUUAAGUCAGAGUUUCACUCAGCUGUUCAACUCGUGUAAUGUGAAUGUAUAGAUUUUCAAGUGUUACAAAACUAACCCUCAAGAAAUAAAAAAGAAAACCUGAAAA